ACGUGUGUUUACCCAUAUCCGGGUUAGAGAGGAAAGGAAAAAAAAAAAAGUUUCAUUUAAACCUGAACAAAAAACUUUCAACAUGAAAUCACACUGCAGGAACAGGCACAGACCGUAAGGCGUUCUUACCAUUUCUAAUCUCAAUCACAGACUCGGGGAGGGAAAUUUCUGUAAUUUGGUGUGUGCGGAGCGGUCCGCAGGGGAUACUCUUGGCUCAGUCAAGUCCCUUCCCCGGCCGCUUCUCUUUCUGCCCUUCUCCCUCCCCCCACCCCUACUCGCCCUCCUUUUUUGAGGGUAGGGGUCUAGGGGUUUUUAUUAUUAUUAUUUUAUUUCUUUUUCUUUUUUUUUUUCUUUUUUUUUUUUUUUUUUUUUGUGGAUAACUAUUAUCAGUACUAAUUCCUCCGGACUCACAAUGUUGCGAUGAUCAUGGCCGCACAAGUUGCAGCGGCUCCAGCGGGUGCGAACAACAGCAAGGGAAAAACCCCGAGCCUUACGGGCAGCCUGGGCCCGGAGCGGGGCCCAGGGGGGGCCGGGGCCGUCGCCGCGGGGGCUCCAGGGCCGGGCCCCGCGCUGGGGGUCGGAGAGGGGAGUCCGGCCGGCGGCAGCAGCAGCGUGAAUAAUGUAGAUCACCAUCUCCUCCACCACCACAGCGAGCCACUGAACAUGGCCAAUAACGCAGCUCCCGCCGCUGCCGCCGGUAACAACAACAACGCCAGCAGCGGCGGCGGCUCCUCCUCGGAGCAGGCUCUGAAGGAAGGUGGAAGCUCCUCGGCGUUAUCUUCUUCGUCGUCUUCUUCCUCCUCCUCCUCCUCCUCCUCCAACCCAGGCUCGGCCAUGGAGACGGGGCUGCUCCCCAACCACAAGCUGAAGAACGUCGGAGGCGAUCACCCCGCCGCGCCGCCCCACCACCACCAUGCCCACCACCCGCAUCACCAUGCCCACCACCACCAUGCCCACCACCCGCACCACCACCACCAUGCACUACAGCAGCAGCUAAAUCAAUUCCCGCCGCCGCCGCCGCAGCAGCCGCCGCCUCAGCACCAUCCCGUGCAGAAUAACAACAGCAGCCUCGGCGGCGGCAGCGGCAGCAACAACAACGGCGGUGGCGGUGGCGGCGCUGCUCAGCCCAGUGCAGACAUGGAGCAGCAGCAACAUGGAGGAAAAGACAGUGUUUUGGGCGCUCAGGCCGAGCCUCCCCAGCAGCCGCAGCAAAUGCUGAAUAAAAGCGCCGACGAGGAGGAGAUGCCUGGCAAGAUGGGAGAGCCCAUCGGUGGCCGCUACGAUCACCCCAGCUUGGGACCCCUGGGCGGACAGCAGCAACCCCAGCAGCCGCCCGCGAGCGCUGGGAGCGGCGGCGGCGGCCUCGGCGGCGGCGGGAGCGGGGGAGGUGGCGGCGGCCCCUCCGCGGUGGGUGUCUCGGAGUUCAAUAGCUAUUAUGGCAACGCUGCCCCUGCUCCUGCCAGCAGCGCUACGGCGAGCCGCGCCGGGCCUUGCUUUGAUCAACAUGGCGGACAACAAAGCCCCGGGAUGGGGAUAAUGCACCCCACGGCGGCCCCCAACAGCAUGGAUCCCCUGCAAAACUCCCACGAAGGUUACCCUAACAGCCAGUACAACCACUACUCGGGCUACGGCCGCGGCCCCGGCGGCGGCGGCGCGGGCGGCGGCGGCGGCGCGGGAGCUGUGGCGGCGGCGGCUGCCGGGGCAGGCGGCGGAGGCUACGGGAGCUCCGCGGCAGGCUACGGGGUGCUGAGUUCCCCGAGGCAGCCGGGCGGCGGCAUGAUGAUGGGCCCCGGCGGUGGAGCUGGCCUCGGCAAGGCUACUGCCGGCGCAGCAGCGGCCGGCGGCUUCGCGCGGUUCUCCGGCCAAAACCAGCACCCGUCCGGGGCUACCCCUACCUUAAACCAGCUGCUCACGUCCCCCAGCCCCAUGAUGCGGAGCUACGGCAGCAGCUACCCCGACUACAGCAACCCCAGCGCCCCGCCACCGCCGCAGCCCCAGCCCCAGGCAGCGGCGGCCGCCCCGGGAAGCCAGCAGGCAGCGGCAGGCAUGGGCAUGGGCAAGGACAUGGGCGUCCAGUACGGAGCGGCAAACCCGGCCUGGGCAGCGGCACAACAAAGAAAUCACCCAGCGAUGAGCCCUGGGAGCACCGGGCAGGCCAUCAGCAGGACCCAGGGCAGCCCGAUGGAUCCCAUGGUCAUGAAGAGACCUCAGUUGUACGGCAUGGGCAGCAGUCCUCAUUCUCAGACGCAGCAGAGCAGCCCCUACCCCGGGCAGUCCUAUGGCCCUCCCGGCCCCCAGCGCUAUCCCGUGGGAAUGCAGGGCCGAGCCCCGGCAGCCAUGGGAGGAAUGCAGUAUCCACAGCAACAGAUCCCACCUCAGUAUGGUCAGCAAGGUGUAAGUGGCUACUGCCAGCAGGGCCAGCAGCCAUACUACAACCAGCAGCCACAGCCUCAGCAUCUGCCGCCCCAGGCACAGUAUCUGUCGCAGGCCCAGCAGAGGUACCAGGCUCAGCAGGACAUGUCUCAGGAAGGCUAUGGAAGCAGAUCUCAGCCCCCUAUGGCCACCGGAAAGCCUAACCAUGAAGACUUGAAUCUAAUCCAGCAAGAAAGACCAUCAAGCUUACCAGAUUUAUCUGGAUCCAUUGACGACUUGCCGACUGGAACCGAAGCAACCCUGAGCUCAGCUGUUAGUGCUUCAGGCUCUACAAGCAGCCAAGGGGAGCAGAGCAACCCUGCACAGUCUCCGUUCUCACCUCAUGCUUCUCCGCAUCUCUCUGGCAUCCCUGGGGGCCCAUCACCUUCCCCCGUAGGCUCUCCCGUUGGAAGCAACCAGUCAAGAUCUGGUCCCAUUUCUCCAGCAAGUAUUCCAGGCAGUCAGAUGCCACCGCAGCCUCCUGGCAGCCAGUCAGAAUCCAGCUCCCACCCUGCCCUGAGCCAGUCACCAAUGCCACAGGACCGAGGUUUUAUGUCAGGCAUACAGAGGAAUCCUCAGAUGUCACAGUAUGGACCUCAGCAAACUGGACCUUCCAUGUCACCACACCCCUCACCUGGAGGCCAGGUGCAUCCUGGAAUUAGUAGCUUUCAACAGAGUAAUUCAAGUGGUACUUAUGGGCCUCAGAUGAGCCAGUAUGGACCACAAGGAAACUACUCCAGACCACCAACGUACAGCGGUGUGCCCAACACAAGUUACAGUGGCCCAGGACCUGGCAUGGCUAUAAAUGCCAACAGUCAGAUGCACGGACAGGGCCCCAGCCAGCCCUGCGGUACCAUGCCCUUGGGACGGAUGCCAUCAGCUGGGAUGCAGAGCAGACCAUUCCCUGGAAACAUGAGCAGUAUGACCCCCAAUUCUCCUGGCAUGUCUCAGCAGGGAGGCCCUGGGAUGGGCCCACCUAUGCCAACUGUGAACCGUAAGGCACAGGAGGCAGCUGCUGCAGUGAUGCAGGCUGCUGCAAACUCCGCUCAGAGCAGGCAAGGCAAUUUUCCUGCCAUGAAUCAGAGUGGAAUUAUGGGAUCCAGCUCCCCCUACACUCAGCCGAUGAACAACAGCUCUGGCUUGAUGAACCCACAGGCUCCUCCCUACAGCAUGGCACCUAACAUGGUGAACAGUUCAACAGCACCUAUGGGUCUUGCAGAUAUGAUGACACCCGGUGAGUCCAAACUACCCCUUCCUCUCAAAGCAGAUGGCAAAGAAGAAGGACCUCCCCAGACUGAGAGCAAGUCAAAGGAUAGCUACAGCUCUCAGGGUAUUUCUCAGCCCCCAACCCCAGGCAACCUGCCAGUCCCUUCCCCAAUGUCCCCAAGCUCUGCUAGCAUCUCCUCAUUUCAUGGAGAUGAAAGUGAUAGCAUUAGCAGCCCAGGCUGGCCAAAGACUCCAUCAAGCCCUAAAUCGAGUUCCUCUACCACAACUGGAGAGAAGAUCACUAAAGUCUAUGAGCUAGGAAACGAACCGGAGCGCAAGAUGUGGGUAGAUCGGUACCUCACCUUCAUGGAGGAGAGGGGCACACCUGUGACCAGUCUGCCAGCUGUGGGCAAGAAGCCCCUGGACCUGUUCAGGCUCUAUGUCUGUGUCAAAGAGAUUGGAGGUUUAGCACAGGUUAAUAAAAACAAGAAGUGGCGUGAGCUGGCAACCACCUUGAAUGUCGGCACUUCGAGCAGUGCAGCCAGCUCCCUGAAAAAACAAUACAUUCAGUACCUGUUUGCCUUCGAGUGCAAGAUUGAGCGAGGGGAGGAGCCCCCUCCAGAAGUCUUUAGCACCGGAGAUACUAAGAAACAACCUAAGAUUCAGCCGCCAUCUCCUGCUAAUUCUGGUUCCUUGCAAGGUCCCCAGACUCCACAAUCUACUGGUAGUAAUUCCAUGACAGAAGUGCCAGGCGACCUAAAGCCUCCAACACCAGCAUCAACACCUCAUGGGCAGAUGACACCUAUGCAGGGUGGCAGGAACAGCGCAGUUAGUGUGCACGAUCCCUUUUCUGAUGUAAGUGAUUCAGCGUUCCCAAAGCGAAACUCCAUGACGCCAAAUGCACCAUACCAGCAGGGAAUAAACAUGCCAGAUAUGAUGGGAAGGAUGCCAUAUGAGCCGAAUAAAGAUCCUUUUGGUGGAAUGAGAAAAGUGCCUGGAAGCAAUGAGCCUUUCAUGACCCCUGGACAAAUGCCUAACAGUGGAAUACAAGAUAUGUAUAACCAGAGUCCAUCUGGAGCAAUGUCCAACAUGAGUAUGAGCCAGCGACAGCAGUUCUCUUAUGGAAGUGGCUAUGACAGGAGGCAUGAACCGUAUGGGCAGCAAUAUCCAGGACAAGGACCUCCCUCAGGACAGCCACCAUACGGAGGACAUCAACCUGGAAUGUAUCCACAGCAGCAGAACUACAAGCGACACAUGGAUGGCAUGUAUGGGCCUCCAGCCAAACGCCACGAAGGGGAUAUGUAUAACAUGCAGUAUGGCAACCAGCAGCAGGAGAUGUAUAACCAGUACAGCAACGCCUACACAGGGCCUGACAGGAGGCCUAUGCAGGGACAGUAUCCUUACCCGUAUAACAGGGAGAGGAUGCAGGGCCCAGGACAAAUGCAGCAACAUGGAAUACCUCCCCAGAUGAUUGGUGGCCCCAUGCAGUCAUCGUCCUCCAGCGAAGGGCCUCAGCAGAACAUGUGGCCAACACGAAAUGAUAUGCCUUACCCUUACCAGAACAGGCAAGGUCCAGGAGGCCCUGCACAGGCCCCGCCGUAUCCAGGGAUGAACCGCACUGAUGAUAUGAUGGUACCUGACCAGAGGAUAAACCACGAGAGUCAGUGGCCUUCUCAUGUCAACCAGCGUCAGCCUUCUUAUAUGUCAUCCUCAGCCUCCAUGCAGCCUAUCACUAGACCUCCUCAGUCAUCCUACCAGACGCCACCCUCUAUGCCAAACCACAUCUCCAGAGCUCCAAGCCCAGCGUCCUUCCAGCGCUCUCUGGAAAACCGCAUGUCUCCGAGCAAGUCUCCUUUCCUACCCUCCAUGAAGAUGCAAAAGGUUAUACCCACAGUUCCAGUGUCACAGGUCACAGGACCUCCACCCCAACCGCCACCAAUUAGGCGAGAAAUUACCUUCCCCCCAGGCUCUGUAGAGGCAUCCCAACCAGUCUUGAAACCAAGACGAAAGAUUACCUCAAAGGAUAUUGUAACUCCUGAGGCCUGGAGAGUGAUGAUGUCUCUUAAAUCUGGUCUUCUGGCUGAAAGUACCUGGGCGCUAGACACUAUUAAUAUUCUUCUGUAUGAUGACAGCACUGUUGCUACUUUCAACCUCUCUCAGUUGUCUGGAUUUCUUGAGCUUUUAGUAGAAUAUUUUAGAAAAUGCCUGAUUGACAUUUUUGGAAUCCUUAUGGAAUAUGAAGUGGGAGAUCCAGGCCACAAAGCACUUGAUCACAAAGCAGCCAAGAAAGAUGAUAGCCAGUCCUUGACAGAAGCUACUGGAAAAGAGGAGAACGACGAAUGUAUUGACUAUUUUGAUGAAGAUGAGGAGGAAGGGGAGGAUGAAAAGGUAGAAGGAGAAGAAAAGAGCAUUGUUUUUUCCACUCCUGGUGCCAUUGCUGAUCCAAGUGAGAGGCCAAAACAAGCCAGUAAAUUUGACAAGCUGCCAAUAAAGAUUGUAAAGAAAAAUAAUCUAUUUGUUGUUGACCGAUCUGACAAACUUGGACGUGUUCAGGAAUUUGAUAGUGGACUUCUCCACUGGCAGCUUGGUGGUGGUGACACAACUGAGCAUAUCCAGACUCACUUUGAAAGCAAGAUGGAGAUUCCUCCACGCAGGAAAGCCCCUCCUCCCUUCAACUCUCCAAGCAAAAAGAAGGACCUCGAGGGGAAAGGUGAAUCUGAGGAGCAACAAGAAAAAAGUAUAACAGCAACCAUUGAUGAUGUCCUCUCAGCUCGGCCAGGAGCAUUGCCUGAAGACUCGAAUUCUGGUUCCCAAACAGAGAGCAGUAAAUUUCCCUUUGGGAUCCAUCAAGCCAAAAGCCACCGAAAUAUUAAACUGCUAGAGGAUGAGCCAAGGAGCCGAGACGAGACUCCUCUAUGCACCAUAACUCACUGGCAAGACUCCUUGGCCAAACGCUGCAUCUGUGUGUCAAAUAUCGUCCGUAGUUUGUCUUUUGUGCCUGGCAACGACACUGAAAUGUCCAAACAUCCAGGCUUGGUGCUGAUCCUGGGAAAGUUGAUCCUUCUUCACCAUGAGCAUCCGGAAAGAAAGCGAGCGCCACAGACUUACGAGAAAGAGGAGGAGGAGGACAAAGGGGUAGCCUGCAGCAAGGAUGAGUGGUGGUGGGACUGCCUCGAGGUCUUGAGGGAUAAUACAUUGGUCACAUUAGCCAACAUUUCUGGGCAGCUAGACUUGUCUGCUUACACGGAAAGCAUCUGUUUGCCAAUUUUGGAUGGCUUGCUGCACUGGAUGGUGUGCCCAUCUGCGGAGGCACAGGAUCCUUUUCCAACUGUGGGGCCCAACUCAGUUCUUUCGCCUCAGAGACUUGUGCUGGAGACCCUGUGUAAGCUCAGUAUCCAGGACAAUAAUGUGGACCUUAUCUUGGCCACUCCCCCGUUCAGCCGUCAGGAGAAACUCUACGCUACUUUAGUUAGGUACGUCGGGGACCGCAAGAACCCGGUCUGCCGAGAAAUGUCCAUGGCGCUCUUAUCGAACCUUGCCCAGGGGGACACGCUAGCGGCAAGGGCAAUAGCUGUGCAGAAGGGAAGCAUCGGAAACUUGAUAAGCUUCCUGGAGGAUGGGGUCACUAUGGCCCAGUACCAGCAGAGCCAGCAUAACCUCAUGCACAUGCAGCCACCACCUCUGGAGCCACCUAGCGUAGACAUGAUGUGCAGGGCAGCCAAGGCCUUGCUGGCCAUGGCUAGAGUGGACGAGAACCGCUCAGAGUUCCUUUUGCACGAGGGUCGCUUGCUGGAUAUCUCAAUAUCUGCUGUCCUGAACUCUCUGGUUGCAUCUGUCAUCUGUGAUGUACUUUUUCAGAUUGGGCAGUUAUGACAUAAGUGAGAAGCCAAGCAUGUGUGAGUGGAGAUUAGAGGGUCACAUAUAACUGGCUGUUUUCUGUUCUUGUUUAUCCACCGUAGGAAGAAGGAAAAAAAAAAAAAAGAAAAAAAAGAAAAAAAAAAAAAGAAUCUUUGCUCCUCUGCCCCAUUCACUAUUUACCAAUUGGGAAUUAAAGAAAUUAUUAAUUUGAACAGUUAUGAAAUUAAUAUUUGCUGUCUAUGUGUAUAAGUACAUCUUUUGAUUUGAUUUUUUUUUUUAACCAAAGUUGCUGUCUAGUACAUUCAAAGGUCACUUUUUUUUUUGUUGUUUUGGUGUUUGGUUUUUUUUUUUUUCCCUUCCAUAGAUUAUCCUUUCCAACAUUCUUUUCCAUGUUUGUAUUGCUUUUUUUUUGGGUUUUUUUUUUGGGAAGCAAACUAGUGAUUUUUUUAAAAAAUAAAAAAAAAGAGAGAGAGAGAGAAAGAAAAAGUUGUGGCGAAGCAUUGUACGAUGGGGGAAAACAAAAAGAAAUCUCACCACUUGGAAAUGAAAAGGUGACAAAAAAAAAUAUAACCAACAUAACCAAGCUCCUCUGUGUUUUAUUUUUUCAAAUAAGGAAAAAAAUUAAAAAAAAAAACUCCAAAAAAAAAAAACAAACCAGCCCCCCCACCCCAACCAACUUGUAUACCAUCACCCAAAGCUCUGUGCAAUAGAAGAUUCUAGUGAUGUAGGUGUAGGGGAUCAAGGAGGGUGUCAGUCAGUAGUCAAACCAACCAACGAUACUGAUUUCUCCUCAGGAGAAAUGGUUACAUUAGGCUAGGAGCAAAACAAAACCAAGUCAAGGUAAAAGGAUUUUUAACCAGAACCUGAUGCUAAACAUCGAUUGCUUCCUCACCAGAACUGUCUUUUGUCUCCAUCUGGUUGUGUUUUGUUGGGUUUGUUCUUUUUUUUUCCUUUCUGACCUUCUGCAACGACAGUUCUUCACAAUUCCUUUCAUCAUUUUUUAAACUAUUUUUUUAUUGCCUGAGGGCCGUGAUGUAUAUAGAAGUUGUACAUUAAACAUACCCUCUUUUUUUUUUUUGUUUGUUUUUAAUUUUAGCACAAAGUUUUUAGUUUCUUUCUCAUGAUGUGGUUAUCUACAAAGUGAUAGUAGAAUUUCUUUUUUUUUCUUUUUUUUUUUUUUUUCUCUUUCAUUUGGGCCAUAUCUCCAAAAAAAAAUUAAAAAUAAUUACCAAAAAAUAAAAAAAGGAAAAAAAAAGGAAAAAAAAAAAAAGGAAAAAAAAUAAAACACCAAACCAACACAGAAAAAAAAAAAAUCAACAUCUGAGGGUAAUGUACAAGUUUCUGUAUGUAUAAAGUCAUGCUCUAUUUCGGGAGAGCAGCCGAUCACAAUUUGCUUUAUAAAUCAAAGGUGUGGAAAUGGUUACGUAUGGAUUGAUUUAAGAAAAAUGGUUACCAGUCUACAGACAAACAAACAACCACCAACAACAAAAAUAUAUAUACAAGGAAAAAAAAAAAAAAAGACAAAAAAAAAAAAAGGAAGAAACACAACUUCAAAGAUUUUUCAGUGACAAGAAUCUGCAUUUGUAUUUCAAGAUAAUGUAGUUUAAAAAAAAAAAAAAGGAAAAAAAAAAGAAAAAACUUGAUGUAAAUUCCUCCUUUUCCUCUGGCUUAAUGAAUUUCAUUUAUUCAGUAUAAAAUCUUUAUAUGUUCCACAUGUUAAGAAUAAAUGUACAUUAAAUCUUGUUAAGCACUGUGAUGGGUGUUCUUGAAUAAUGUUCUAGUUGCAGUGUGAGAUAGCAGAAAGCAAACUGAUUCCAAGAAAGAGCAAUAAUGGUUAUUCUCUUUCCCCUCCUUUAUGGUGGUGACCUUCAAAAGAGGCCAUUGUGUUGCCACAGCUUGCUCUCCUCUUUAAAAAGCCUUCUCGCGUCGCGGAGAAGCCUUUUGAGUUGUUGUUUAUAAAACCACAGAGCCUCAAAGGGAAAGACAUGGCUGGCAAGCAAUAGUUCUGACUAUGCAGGUAUCCAGUCGCUGUGCUGUGUUUGAGGGACUAAGGAUGGAUGUUAGAAACAGUGACGAGAGAUCUUGUUAAAGCAAUAACCAACCUGAAGAAGUUUAUCUGUAUUCACUACCUGUAAUUCUCUCUGUUGGUUAAAGGUUACAAAUACCCCAGUGAUGUGGGUAUUUAGAAUAAACACCCACCCACUUCUCGAUA